CAUUCUGCAGUUUGAAUCGGCGGCCACUUACUGUAUAGUAAUCGUGGCCCACUCAUGCUUACGAGCCCACAAACGGCUACUUCUCGAUCCCGCCGCGUCUUUCAAAAUUGAAAAGACGACCCCCUUGCGCGCACUGUCACUGUCUCUUGUUUCUGCUUCUCUCUCUCUCUCUCUCUCUCUGAGGCAAGAAAGGAAGGAAAUUGGCGAAAAGCACCGAACCAUCUUCGACCGUGCAUCCUCCCUACUGGAGAUGAUGAGCAACGCAACCCUCAUCUCGGAGGACCAGGCAGGUUCGAGCCCGCCCGCAGAUUCGGAGCGGCUCGUGAAGGUGAAGAGCUCCCACAAGGUGGCGUCACCGACGGAGGAUCCAGGGCUCCUGGAAAGAGAGGCCCCGGAGGAGCAGAGGGCCAGGAGGAAGACGAGGAGGCUGAGCCAGGUGGAGACGCCGGAAGCUCUGAAGAAGGCGACGAGGAAGAGGAAGGCGACGGCGCCAGAGGUCGGUGGUCGUGACGGCGGGAAGAUGAAGCGGUUGAGCGAGGUGAAGACGCCCGAGGGGUUCAAGAACGGGAACAAGAAGAGGACCAAGAAGGCGACGGCGACGGUGACGGCGGCGGCAGUGAAGAGGAAGAGCUUGAAGAGAGCGAGCUCUUCAAAGCCAGCGAAGAAGGGUAGGAAGUAAUUCGUCGGAGAAGAGAAGUCAGUGACUCCUGUUCUGCUUUCUUUUCUGUCAAUCACGAGCUCUCGUGAUGUAGCUGCUGUUUUUCGAGUUGCUAUGUUUUUCUGGUUAAUCUUCUGGUUAAUUUUUGUAGUUUCAAGCCCCUGUUUCUCUUUCAUUUGGGAGGACUUGGAAAAGUAAUUUUUGGUUUUCCUAAGCCUGGUUGGUGCGCUUAGACUAAUAUGGUUCUCCCCCUUUGAAUUCUCGUUUUGCAACUUUUUACUUUAUUGAAUUAGAUAUAAAUGAUCAUUUUGUCA